AUGAAGCUUAGCUGGGGCAAAUCCGUGCCAAUUCCCCAGCAUCCGGUUUUCAUUCCCCCCGCUAUGCUUGAGUUGACUUUACCGCCCUCUCCCUCCGGACUGCCGUUCAACGCCCAGCCGCGGCCGCGCGAUCGAGCUCGAUACGUCUGGCCACUACCACCGCCCGCUUCACCGCCGCCGAUCGAUCCGCAUCAGCGAGCGCUGUGGGAUAAGGAAUGCCGUGGUGAAAGUUGUGAUACCGACAGAAAGGUACGCGGAUCAUUGACUUGUAUUCCUGUUUUGUUUGUUUGGCACACAAAGCUAGAAAGUCAGUCGGUACCAGCCAGUUACGCUCCCGCCGAUUUGCACGGUGUACCGGCGGAACGAAACGAACGCAUCGACGACACAAGCCCGGCCGAGCUGAGACCGCUCUUGUGUUUGAUCCAUCGUAUGGUUGAAUUUGUUAUCAGGGAAGGCCCUAUGUUUGAGGCCAUGAUCAUGAACAAGGAAAUCAGUAAUCCGAUGUUCAGGUUUCUUUUCGAUAACCAGAGUCCAGCGCAUGUCUACUAUCGCUGGAAGCUGUACUCAAUCUUACAGAUUGGCAAUAAAUGCGAGAACAUUCAGCCCCUGCACUAA